GGCACUACUUCCCUCGCCAAAAGCCUUAGCGGUGUGUAUCAUUCCCCGUCACGUCUCCACCUCCCAGCACAAUAGACACCACCAGCCCCUACUAACAUUCCUAAAACAACACGAAUCGAGUGCUCUUUUCCAAUCAACCCCUCCCACCCGAUAGGUUUAUUGUAAAAGGAGCGAGCAAGCCCGUGAACAGCUGGGACUACUUUGUGCCGGCGGAGGGAGGAGACGCAGGCACCGCUCCAGGAGGCUGGGGGUUGUGCUGAGGUCGUGAUGGAAUCAAGAUGGCGGCUCGUCAAGGCGAGGGGAGCUGAGAGGAGUGACAACGAUGAGCAGGGAAACCCGGCGGGGCCGCAGUUUAAAACAAAAAAAGAAGCACUCUCGCACGUUCGGGCCUGAGAGGGGCGGGAGGAGAGGCGACGGGUCCUCUGGGCGUCGGGAAAGGGGGGCGAGAGGGAACGUGACUCCUCUGUCGGAAAGUACGGGAGAGAAAGAGACAGUCUGAGGAACUGACCCCAAACAACAACAACACCGGGGACCAGACAACAUCCUGAGAGGGGGAGGUGGGGGUGCGCACGACCCGCUCGCAGGACCACACGCCGAAAACGGCACCAGCGGGGGGAGAUCAACGAGCCACCGGUCUGAAAAACACACACACAAAAAAGAAAAAACCCAGAAAGAAAGAAGAAGAACUCAACCCGCCGAGCGAUCUGGCGACCCGGCCGCGUCUGGGGGCGCUGUGAUGGGCUGAACUGUUCCAGGCCGCGGCGCUCUGGACUACAGCGAUCCGGGACGCCCUCGCCCCCGAACAAAGAGGCGCCUAUUCCGGCACGGCCGCCCUCUUAGCGAGCCGGCAGGGGGCCUUGGCGCCGUCCCUGCGAGCAGCACCGCGGGGGGAGAGGGUUCAGAACAGCCGGACACCUGCGGCCGGGCGGCCGGGCGGUUUUUUUUUUCCGCCAACGCUGCGGCCGACGGCCCUGGAAGUCCAGCCCGUUUCCUCCGGGCGGACAGUCCCACCUCCUCAGUAUUCCGGACCCGAGGGGAUCUGAUGCCCGUUUGUUUGUGUUUUUGUUUUUGGGUGUUUUUUUUUUUGUACAUGACCGCUUUCAGUUGUUUUUUUUUUUUUGACAGGCGAUAAGCUUUUUGACCCAGAUUUCGCGAGAGUCCUGUCGGAGAUAAACUCGCACUUCUGUCGGGAGCGCUUUCAGACUUUGGGGCGGCGGGGGGGUGUCUUGAAGUCGACCUGGUCUGUAUAAUAUAUAUAAAAGAGCACGCAACUCCACGAAGUUACCCUCUGAAACGACUUCGGUGGUCACUGGUGUCAGCGUUUCGCCCGGACGAUUUCACGAAACCGAAAACGGCAGCUGCCCCUCGGCCGGGCUGUGCGUCGGUGUGUUUUUUCUCUCCUCCCCAACUUCCCCUCCUCCUCCUCCUCCUCUCAUCUCUCGGAUUACAAACAUCGUCUUGGGAAGUUAUUUGACGUUUCCCUUCGCCCUCGACCUCAACCUCGACCUGCGCCCGUCCCGGGGGGGGGUCCGACAGUGUACCGGGGGCUGUGACCGACACCGCCGGACCGGCGUGAAGGAGCCUCCCGACCCGGACCCUGGACCCGCUCGGCACCGCCGCCGCCGCCAUGGAGAGCGACGAGUUCGUCCCGCCGCCCGAGUGCCCGGUGUUCGAGCCCACCUGGGAGGAGUUCGCCGACCCGCUGGGCUACAUCGCCAAGAUCCGCCCGAUCGCCGAGAAGUCCGGCAUCUGCAAGAUCCGGCCGCCCGUGGACUGGCAGCCCCCCUUUGCAGUGGAGGUGGACAACUUUCGCUUCACACCUCGGAUCCAGAGACUGAACGAGCUGGAGGCCGAGACGCGUGUGAAAUUGAACUAUCUCGACCGGAUCGCCAAGUUCUGGGAGAUCCAGGGCUCGUCUCUGAAGCUCCCCAACAUCGAGAGGCGCAUCCUUGACCUCUACAGCCUGGCCAAGAUAGUGGCGGACGAGGGCGGGUUCGAGGCCGUGAGCAAGGACCGGCGCUGGGCCCGUGUGGCCCAGCGGCUGGGCUACCCGCCGGGGAAGAACAUCGGCUCCCUGCUGCGCUCGCACUACGAGAGGAUCGUCUACCCCUUCGAGAUGUUCCACUCCGGGGCCAGCCUCAUGCAGUGUAAGCCCAGGCAGCCCUACGACAGUGAGGAGGUGGACAAGGAGUACAAGCCCCACUCCAUCCCCCUGCGGCAGUCGGUGCAGCCCUCGAAGACCAUCAGCUACGGUCGCCGUGCCAACCGCCUCCAGCCAGACGACCCCGACGGCUCGCCUCCCUUCCCCCACAGCACCGCCCUCAACCCCCACCACACUGCGCCGGAGCCCACAGAGGAGGACAUAGAGAAGAACCCAGAGCUGAAGAAACUGCAGAUUUAUGGUGCUGGACCCAAGAUGCUCGGGCUGGGACUGGUUCCCCGGGACAAGGGCCCCCGCAAGAAAGACGAGCUGCCCCAGACGGUGAUCGUGCGGGACAGCGUGGUGCCGGUGAAGGAGGAGGACGCCGAGCAGGAAGGGGCGCCCCCUGCUGUCCAGGUGAAGAAGGAGGAGGAGCUCGCCGAGGACGAGCCCUGCACCAAGAUGACCAUGAGGCUGCGGCGCAACCAGAGCAACACGCAGUUUGUGGACUCCUUCGUGUGCCGGAUGUGUGGCCGGGGGGAUGAGGACGAGAAGCUGCUGUUGUGCGACGGCUGUGACGAUAACUACCACACCUUCUGCCUGCUGCCCCCCCUGACCGACCCCCCCAAGGGCGACUGGCGCUGCCCCAAGUGUGUGGCUGAGGAGUGUAAGCGGCCGACGGAGGCGUUUGGUUUCGAGCAGGCCACUCGGGAGUACACGCUGCAGAGCUUUGGGGAGAUGGCCGACACCUUCAAGUCCGACUACUUCAACAUGCCUGUGCACAUGGUGCCCACAGAGCUGGUGGAACGGGAGUUCUGGCGCCUGGUCAGCAGUAUUGAGGAGGACGUGACAGUGGAGUACGGACCUCUGUGGGCUGCUGUCCUCCCCCAGGUGGUGCGAACCAAUCAGUGUGCGGGGGAGUUCGUCAUCACCUUCCCCCGCGCCUACCACAGUGGUUUCAACCAGGGCUACAACUUCGCGGAGGCUGUCAACUUCUGUACGGCCGACUGGCUGCCCGCCGGGCGCUCCUGCAUCGAGCACUACCGCCGCCUGCGCCGCUACUGCGUGUUCUCCCACGAGGAGCUGACCUGCAAGAUGGCCGCCUGCCCCGAGAGGCUGGAUCUCAACCUGGAACUAGGCCUUGCUUCCGCGCGCGCCUCUGGACGUACGAGUGAGCCCGCUGUCUCGUGUGCAUGCGCAGGUGUGGAGGAGCUGCAGGCCCUGCGCGACGAGGCGACCGAGAGGAAGUUCCCCGACAACGAGCUGCUGCAGAGGCUGAACACGACCAUCGCGGACACCGAGCACUCGGUCACCGUCUGCGGCGAGCUGCUGACCCACACCCACAGCAGGAGAAUGACGUUGGACGAGCUGAAGGCAUUUGUGGAUCGGAUGCACAGCCUGCCGUGCGUCAUCAGCCAGCUCGAUGAGGUCAAGGCCCUCUUGGAGACCGUGGAGCAGUUCCAGCGCAGUGCCCGGUCCGUCCUGAAGGGGGCGGAGUUGAGCCCGGCCUGCCCCGAGGAGCUGGAGGCUCUGCUGGAGCAAGGGAGCCGCCUGGCGGCCGAGCCCCCCGAGUGCGCCCUGCUGCGGGGGCUGCAGGAGCAGGGCCGCUGGCUGGAGGAGGUGCGGCGGACGCUGGGCGCCGGGGGGCAGGGCGUGACGCUGGGGGUGCUGCGCGGCCUGAUGGAAGCCGGCUGCAACAUCCCGCAGAGCGUUGCCGUGGAGACCGCCAUGGCGGAGCUGCAGGAGCUGCUGACCAUCGCCGAGCGCUGGGAGGAGAAGGCCCAGAUCUGCCUGGAGGACAGGUACAGUGCCCAGUGAGUUUCACUGUACACU